AUGCCGACUUCAGUCAACGCACCGUAUCUAGCAAUUGGAGUCGCGCUUGCGGUUGUGGCAUUUGUUGUCCUGCGUAGGCUCUCGAGAUAUGGCAUGCGGCCUGCUGAUUACCCUCCCGGCCCACCGACCCUUCCAAUCAUUGGCAACUUGCAUCAGAUGCCGAUGAAAGACUUGCAUCUCAAGUUUGCAAAAUGGGGGAAGCAAUACGGACCCGUCUUCUCUCUGAAGCUCGGCGCGGACAUGAACAUUAUCGUUCUUAACAAAGACCAGCCAGUGAAAGAUCUGCUUGACAAGCAAAGCAGCAUCUACUCUGUGCGCAUGGACAGCUUGAUUCGCGAAUAUGGAGAUGGACUGAUGAUAACGAAUAGAGACAACGACGAUAUCUGGAGGCGGCAAAGGAAAGCAUACCACCUGCUGCUGAACGGCAACGUUGCAAAUAAGUAUCUGCCGUACCAGUACUUCGAGACUACGCAAUUGCUACAAGAUAUCCUUCAGCGGCCUGACGAUGUGUCGCUUCAUUUGAAGCGGUAUACGACGAGCUUGGGAUCGACGAUUGCAUACGCAUGGAGGACUACUUCGAUCGAUCAGCCAGCCGUGAAGACGAUGUAUCACUGGAUCGAGAGAUGGUCGGCUAUUGGAACGCAGACGAUGGUCACCGAAUGGUGGAAGUUCCUUCGCCCAAUAUAUCGCAUCAUGCCCACCUGGCUGAGCGCUGGCAAGAAAGAGAUGUUCGAGUUGUUAGACAUCGAGAAGAGGUUGUGGAUGAGUCAAUUGGUGAAGGCAAAAGAGAACAUCGAUCGGGGGAACAAGAAGCCCUGUUUCGCCGUCGAUAUGCUGCUCAAUAACAAACAAGGCGACGCGAAGGACGCAAUGACUGACUUGCAGACUGCGUUCAAUGCGGGUCACGCUUGGGCAGGGGCUAGCGAUACGACUCUGAAUACGCUUCUCGCCUUUGUGAAAGCCAUGAUCUUGUACCCAGACGUCCAAGCCAAGGCGCAGGAGGAAAUAGACCGAGUGAUAGGAUCGGAGCGGAUGCCAGACUGGCAUGAUCGAGACAGCCUCCCAUACGUGCGGAGCUGUGUCAAAGAGAGCCUGCGAUGGCUUCCUACUGCACUGACGGGGGUCCCCCACUCAGUGUCCCGCGACGAUACAUACAUGGGCUUCAAGAUUCCAGAGCGCGCUGUCAUAUUCUUCAAUACCUGGGCGAUAAACAAUGACCCCAGCCGCGUCCUCAACCCGCGUCGCUUCCUCCCCGAGCGACAUCUUGACGACUCUACAACCUCCUACGAAUCGGCCUCUCUCCCGGACUGCUCUAAACGCGACCAUUUCACAUUCGGUGCUGGCCGUCGUAUCUGUCCCGGUAUCCACAUUGCAGAUCGCUCGCUCUUUGUAGCUAUAUCGAGGCUUCUAUGGGGCUUCAAGAUCGAGCAGGGCAUGGAUGCGGAGGGGAGGCCGAUACCCCUGAACGCAGAUGUGAUGGGACCUGGUUUCGUAGCGGAGCCGGAGAAAUACGCGUCGCAUUUCGUGCCGCGCACACCAGAGACCGAGAACAAGAUAAAGUCAGAGUGGGCGAAAGCCGCAGUGCUGCUAGACAAAGACGGGAACUACUCGGACGUUUUUUACGACGUCUUUGGACGGGCGUACUUGUAA